AAGCCAGAGCAGUGUGCUAAAUGAACUAAGAGUUUUAUUCAGUGUAUAGCAGCUUCAUACUUUCCUAUGGUUUGUUAUGUCCGGAAAACUAUAGCAUAGUAAAGACUGGAGACCUCAAAUCAAAAUUCCAGGGCAGGCCUCUUGUUGGAGUUCACUUCUGCUGAAAGUUUGUUUAGGAACUGCAAUAAUUGUGCUCCUACUAUACUCUUCCUGAAGUAUCUUUUACACCCAUCUACCAUCACAGGUCAUAAAAUCUGUACAGUAUUGGUAAAGUAGCAGUAACAUUGAAACUGCCCCCUGGUUUUGUCUGUCUUUAAGGCAGGUAUGUUAAAAUGAUAAACACUGUUGUAAUGGCAAGUCUGAUGCAGAUUUUUUUACAUUGCCAGAAAACCCAAAUUUAGCUCUGAUGGUCUAAUCAUGUAUUAAGGCAGUAAAGAGAUACCAGUUGAGGGAUCCAGGGAGUUUUUUUAUUUACUUGUUGUGCUUCUGCUGUCAUUUUUCAGAGAAAGCACCUGAUAUUGAGUGACUCAGUAUUGGUUUUGGACUGUGGUGAAAGUACCAUAAAGCUGUGAGGCUGCAAUCCAAUACAUACGGUAUAUUAGCAGAUGUGAAGUCGCUGUGGCUCUCCAGAUGUUUCUGGACUCCCAAUUCCUAUAAACCCAGCCGGCAAAACAAAAGAUUGGUGAUGACAGGAAUUAUAGUCCAAUAACAGCUUGGAGGGCUACAGCUGUCCCAGCUCUGGGCUCUAGGAUUGCAGCCAUAAUUAAUUUACUAAGUUCUGCCGAUUUGUUGAUUGUGCUAAGCUUUUUUUAUGUGAUGUGAUUGUGCUAGGGAGGCUGUGUCUGCCUGAACAGGAUGCCACCCAGAGAUGGACUUAACAAAGCAUGGCAUAGCGCUGUGCUACUAAUUGCACCUUCCUGCUUAACUUCACUUGCCUUUUGAAUAAGUUUCUUUCCCUUGGCAGGAUGCCACCUGGCUGCUCUUUGCAUUCCGAGAAUGUCUUACGGCUGGGGAGCGGGUUCAGGAAAAGGCAUCUGUUUCACACCACAGAAACAUUUGUGAUAUUUUAACAAAGGAUGAUACUCAGGAGGUCAUAUAACGAGGCCGCCAAAUGGAUUGCAAAAGGACUCUCCAAGUAUGAUGGCUGCAGAAUCUGGCCUGGCCCUGGGCACGUUAGCAUUUGCUUUCUUCGUACCACUGUCGGUGGCUUCUCAGGCGGUGACCAUUCCCGACGCCCUGAUAACGGCUUCGGGAAGAGUUGUAGUCAGUUCCACAAGCUGCAGCGUCACCUGUGGGCUGGGUUACAAGGAAGAAGAGUCAUGUGAGAUUAGGCCUGAUGGGAAAAGGAGAGGCUGCACCCGACGGAAGGUGGACUGUUUGAACAGUUGGAUCUGUGGGAUGCGACACUUCACCGCCCUCGUGGGCAGGCCGUUCGAGAUCAGCUGCCUAUCCACUGCGGAGAUAGGUCCCGACACCCAGAGCUUCAGCUACACAUGGAGGCUGGCCCGAGGCAUCAUCACGACAGACGAUACUCUCUUUGCCCCUUUCAAGAAUCCUGGCUUUGUCAUUAAGCUUUACCCUGCUGAGGAAUACGAUGCGGGGACGUACAGGUGCGAUGUGCAGUUCAUGAAAAACUACAAGGUUGUCAAGAGAAUCUACUUUGGACUUCGCGUGAUCCCCGGUGACAUGGUAGAUCUGAAAUUUGACAACUCCUUAACCCUGGAACAGCAAUCGGAAAGUGAAAAUAACCAACAGAACACCACCAGCAUGGCUGCCCAGGGUCGGUGGAGCUCUUGGCGCCAGAGGGCUGUGUUUGUGUUUCUGGUUGGCAUUGGAAGCGGCUUGGUGCUCGGGGCUGUGCUGCACAGCCUUCUCUACUGUGUCCUGUGCCCCAACCACCAUGAAAAUGACGAAGGUGAUGAGGAAUGAGAUGUGCUGCUUUUUAGACUUGCUAUAUUAGUUUGCUCCUGUACAUCGCAAUUUCACUCUGUUAAUCUUAUCACUUCAGGCUUAUGAAGAUCAUUUGGUGACGUUAAUCAUAAACAUAGUUCCAUUUGAUUUAUUAAAAAAUUCUAUCCUGUGCC